AUGGCUAGUCCAAACGUUUCAGUCUUGGAGACUUCCGCUAAGGCAUCCACUUCUCUAAGUAGAAAGGAUGAAGUUAAACUAACUCCUGAAGCAAGGGAAGCUAGCUUGGAUAUUCCAUACAAACCCAUUAUUGCAUACUGGACAGUGAUGGGCCUCUGUCUUAUGAUUGCCUUCGGUGGAUUCAUUUUUGGUUGGGAUACAGGAACCAUUUCAGGAUUUAUUAAUCAAACAGAUUUCAAGAGAAGGUUCGGUGAAGUACAGAGAGAUGGCAGUUUUCAACUAUCAGACGUCAGAACAGGGCUAAUUGUUGGUAUCUUCAACAUAGGUUGUGCCCUAGGUGGCUUAACACUGGGACGCCUAGGCGACAUUUAUGGGCGUAAAAUUGGCCUAAUGUGCGUUAUACUAGUAUACGUUGUUGGUAUCGUGAUCCAGAUUGCUUCUACUGACAAAUGGUACCAAUAUUUUAUUGGCAGGAUUGUUUCCGGCAUGGGUGUUGGUGGUGUUGCUGUGUUGUCACCAACUUUGAUUUCAGAGAUUUCUCCAAAACACCUAAGAGGUACUUGUGUCUCUUUUUACCAGCUAAUGAUUACUCUUGGGAUUUUCUUGGGCUACUGCACCAAUUAUGGUACAAAGAAAUAUUCCAAUUCAAUACAGUGGCGAGUCCCCUUAGGAUUAUGUUUUGCAUGGGCGAUCUUCAUGGUAAUUGGAAUGGUUAUGGUUCCGGAAUCACCAAGAUAUUUAGUGAAAAAGGGUAGAUACGAGGAAGCUAGAAGGUCUUUAGCCAAAUCAAACAAGGUCGCAGUUACCGACCCAGGGGUUAUUUUUGAGUUUGACACUAUAGUUGCUAAUAUGGAAUUAGAAAGGGCUGUUGGAAAUGCUAGCUGGCAUGAACUCUUUUCAAACAAAGGAGCCAUUCUACCAAGGGUAAUUAUGGGAGUCAUAAUCCAGUCACUACAACAGCUUACUGGUUGCAAUUAUUUUUUUUACUAUGGUACAACCAUUUUUAAUGCCGUUGGAAUGCAAGACUCUUUCGAGACUUCCAUUGUCCUCGGGGUUGUUAAUUUUGCAUCAACCUUUGUUGCACUAUACAUAGUGGACAAGUUUGGGCGUCGGAAAUGCUUAUUGUGGGGGUCUGCCUCAAUGGCAAUUUGUUUUGUCAUAUUUGCCUCCGUCGGCGUUACCAGAUUAUGGCCAAAUGGGAAAGACCAACCUUCAUCACAAAGCGCUGGUAAUGUUAUGAUAGUCUUUACCUGUUUCUUCAUUUUCUCUUUUGCUAUUACUUGGGCUCCUAUCGCCUACGUCAUCGUGGCAGAAACUUAUCCAAUAAGAGUCAAGAACCGCGCCAUGGCUAUUGCUGUUGGUGCAAACUGGAUGUGGGGUUUCCUGAUUGGGUUUUUCACACCCUUUAUCACUAGAGCCAUAGGUUUCUCUUAUGGCUAUGUUUUCAUGGGUUGUUUGAUCUUUUCGUACUUCUACGUUUUCUUCUUCGUUUGUGAAACAAAAGGAUUGACUCUAGAGGAAGUUAAUGAAAUGUACGAGGAAAGAAUAAAGCCAUGGAAAUCUGGGGACUGGGUCCCAAGUUCUAGAAGAUUAGCACAAUCAACAAGCAGUACACCAUUAGUCGUUGUUGAUAGUAAAUAA